CUUACAGUGUGUGGGUGGGAACCGGAGUAUGUUCCUGUAACAAGCAGAAUGGCCUGGACCACUUGGCCUCACUGAUGCAGCAGGCGAUCGCGGAAGCAGAGCCUUCCGGGGCUUGUGAUUGUGGUCUUUGCUAGCACUGAAAGUGGGAGGAGGCGCUUCUACCUAGGAACCGUGUGGAAGACUUUCUGGAGGCGGUGACACCCGAGCACCUUGUUUAGAAAAAUGGGGAGGGCAUUCAACGAAUGAGAUGUACCCGAAGAACAAAAACACCGUGAAGACAAGAAGGAGUCUUUUGGGGCCUUAUGGGGCCUACGAUUCAUUCUUUGUUUUGGAGCACAAAACGUGAGAGGAGGGCAUUGUAAACGAACAGAGUUAUGGGGAGGGGAAUGAUAAAGGAGGAGAAGGAAAGGAGAAAACACGGCAGAGUGCAGUGAUUAAGACAGAAACCUUGGAGUUGGACUGGAUUAAGAGCCUGGCUCCUGCCACCUACCAAUUGUGUGAUCUUGGAACAUCAGCAUAUCCGCUACAACCCGCUACAAGAUGAGUGGGUGCUGGUGUCAGCUCACCGCAUGAAGCGGCCCUGGCAGGGGCAAGUAGAGCCCCCGCCCCUGAAGACAGUUCCCCGCCACGACCCCCACAACCCUCUGUGUCCCGGGGCCACACGGGCCAAUGGCGAGGUGAAUCCCUACUAUGAUGGCACCUUCCUGUUUGACAAUGACUUUCCAGCCCUGCAGCCUGAUGCCCCCAAUCCAGGACCCAGUGAUCAUCCUCUUUUCCAAGCAGAGGCUGCUCGAGGAGUUUGUAAGGUCAUGUGCUUCCACCCCUGGUCGGAUGUAACGCUGCCACUCUUGUCAGUCCCUGAGAUCCGCACUGUCGUCGAUGCAUGGGCCUCAGUGACAGAGGAGCUGGGUGCCCAGUACCCUUGGGUGCAGAUCUUUGAAAACAAAGGAGCCAUGAUGGGCUGUUCCAACCCCCACCCCCACUGCCAGGUGUGGGCCAGUAGUUUCCUGCCAGAUAUUGCCCAGCGUGAGGAGCGAUCUCAGCGGGCCUAUCAGAGUCAGCAUGGAGAGCCCCUGCUAAUGGAGUAUGGCCACCAGGAGCUGCUCAGAAAGGAACGUCUGGUCUUAACCAGUGAACACUGGUUAGUGCUCGUACCCUUUUGGGCAGUGUGGCCCUUCCAGACACUGCUGCUGCCCCGUAGGCAUGUGCGGCGCCUGCCUGAGCUGACCCCUGCUGAGCGUGAUGAUCUAGCCUCCAUCAUGAAGAAGCUCUUAACCAAGUAUGACAACCUAUUUGAGACAUCCUUUCCCUACUCUAUGGGCUGGCACGGUGCUCCCACAGGAUCAGAGGCUGGAGCCAAUUGGGACCACUGGCAACUACAUGCUCAUUAUUACCCUCCACUCCUGCGCUCUGCCACCAUCCGGAAAUUCAUGGUUGGCUAUGAAAUGCUUGCUCAGGCACAGAGGGAUCUCACCCCUGAGCAGGCUGCAGAGAGACUAAGGAUGCUUCCUGAGGUUCAUUACUGCCUGGGGCAGAAGGACAGGGAGACAGCAACCAUCGCCUGACCACGCUGACCACAGGGCCUUCUGCUUGAGGAAACCAGGGCCUAUGGUUUGGGAAGAUAUGGGAUCAAUAAAAAUAAACUAUGUUUCUCAAACUUUAAUCAUAUAUUCUAAUGUCAGAGGAGUAUGAACUAUAACCCUCGGGAUCUGGGUUAAAGGCACAGUGCCAGCCACAACUUUUCUUUGUCUACAGAUGUGCAAAAACCUAAAGAGUACAAAUAUUCCACUCCAAAUCCCCAAACAAAAUUAAUACUUAA